AUGGAGGAGGACCUGGGGCUGUCCUUACCACGAGAAAUCAAUGUAGCUGAAGAGUUGGACGAAAGUGAACAGGUCAAAAGGAUCGCAUUGGCUUUGUAUCAGGAGAGCUUAGUAUUUGAGCAGCAGGCGCUACAAUCUCAACAAGAACUCCACCCAAAUAUCGUCCCCUUGACGGCGUCCUCUUCCAUUUCGGAGAUACACGAUCAAGACCAGAAUGUGCAGGGGGAAGUGAAUAUGACGGGCCAGGGCUCGCCGUGCUCCAGUGCCCCAUGCAAGUCGCCUUCGGGUGAAGCAGAAUCAGGGGGUGCAGGACAGAGCUCUUCAACAGCGUCAGCAGGUGGUGCAGGCGCGGCCUCCGCAGCUGCAGCGGCAGAUGCUGCGCACGAGGCCGCCGCACCAACAGGAUUACCAGAAAUACUAAAAAGUAGACUGCAUGUCAACUGGAUCUCCUUGCAUCCCUAUGUCCACCUGCCUGUUUUGCAGAAGGGAGUGGUGGUGCCUCUCAUUCGGCUGUCGCCUUCGGAUUUUCAGUCAACAAAGAACGAGCCAGUGCUUGAAAUUUUGCUUUUGAUUCGCCAGCUGCUCAUCAAGAAGGAGCUGAACCAAGCUGACACUGCCUUACUUGCGACGAAUGUUCAGCAGCUGGCGAUUAAAUCAGCCGCUCGCGCGCGGGCAACAAGAGGGAUGAACCACCCUGCGCAUGUAGUUUCGAAUAUAGGGCAGCAUUUUCUAGCUUUGGACGCUGUCGUGUCUGCACUGCAGGUCCUACGGAAGUCGCCGCCUUCUUCCCCGUGGUGGGAGGCAUUCACCGAAAGCUUCGGCAAAUCCGAUCAGUACCUUGGGAUACUGGUCACACGGGAAGGUGGCAAGGGCCGCAUCGACCUGACCAAUCGCUUGUUGGCUGCCAUAUCCAUUUACAAAACAGGAAGUCGACCAGAACUUUCGGAAAUUGUAGAACUGAAGCGGCUCCUCUUCUUCUCGUCUUUUGCGCCUUUAAGCUUCAAGACUUCGGGAUGGGACCCGUGGAGAAGCGCUCACUUAUUGUUUGAACGGGAAUAUCCGAUGUUCUCAGAAUGGCUACGGCGGCAAAGGCAGCCACUGCAUUAA